CUGUAGAACUCAGAAAGAUAGGGAAAAUUUUGCUCUUUUUAAAUAUUUUUUUGGUUUGUUUUUUGUGGCUAUACAUAACAUAUAGUCCUAUAAAGCACACCUAUUAAAACUCUUCACUGAAUGCUGAACAGUAAAGUCUUUAGUUGCAGCUUUUUCCACUCAACAAAAUCUUCUCCUACUUAAAGCUGACAGAUUUCCUUCCCACUCCUCUCAAUCCCCCACUACAAAAAUAUUCCCAACUAUUUUUUCUUGAUUUUUUUGUGUUGUCCCUCUAUUUAUACACACCUAGGUUAUUGUCCAUCAAAGUGGGAAGAAAAAAAAAAUAAGAAAAAAUGUUGGACUAUGAAUGGGAAAAUCAGUCCACUUUCAUUUUUCCUAAUGAUCAAACCAACCAAGAAAAUGAACAAAAUAACAACCAAUUUUUGGACCCUCAUGCCAAUUUUUCACCUAUGACAAAUUAUCAACACCAGCAGCAACAACAACAACAGCUACAAGUCCAAAAUUCGCAAUUUCCUCAAUAUCAAGUAAAUCCAAACAACAAUCAAUUUAACUCAUUGUACGAUCCACGCGCAUAUGGCGUUACGUACACGAAUAAUACACACGAAACGUCCCUACUAUCUCUACAACCAACCGGUUCAUCGACCGGGUUCAUGCUCAUGCCGAAGACCGAACCGCAAUUUGGAGGCGGGAUUCAUGACUUUUCAAGUACUACUACUACUCGGAUUGGGUUGAAUUUAGGCGGGAGAACGUAUUUUGCUUCGUCAUCAGAUGAUGAUUUCGUGAACCGGCUUUACCGUCGUACUCGGACGGUUGAGGCCGGUUCACUAAACACACCAAAAUGCCAAGCUGAAGGAUGCAAUGCCGAUCUAACUCAUGCAAAACACUACCACCGACGGCACAAAGUCUGUGAAUUUCACUCUAAAGCCGCCACCGUUGUCGCCGCCGGUUUGACUCAGCGGUUCUGCCAACAAUGCAGCAGGUUCCAUGUUCUGACGGAAUUUGACAACGGGAAAAGAAGUUGCCGGAAAAGGUUAGCAGAUCAUAACCGGAGAAGGAGGAAGAAUAUUCAGCAAGAAAAUAACAAGAAGCAGCCUCAAACAUCAAAAUCUCCAGCUGAAUCAUCAUCAGGAGCACAUUCAUCAACAGUGACAGUGGCUAUAUCACCACCAAGAAUUUCAGUGGAUUGUUUUAGGCAAAGAACAUAUUAGCAAGUUGCAACAACAACUUCCUCAGCAAAUUUCUUCUCCAAUGGGAAGGAGAUGUAUCGUGGACCUCAACCACACACUGUCGGUUUGCUUCAUAAAUAGUUAUAAUCUUUCAUGGUUCGAUGAGAUGGCUAUGAUAGUCUGUUUUGUAUAUCUUCAAGAUAUGGUAGUAUCCCCAUAUGUGAACACAUUGCAUGUUUGAGACCGAGAUUUAUGCGGGUUAGAUGAGUACCCAACAUCAGCAUGACUAGUAAGAUCGGGACUGCAAUUUUUAGAAUAAAAUAAGCUCAUGUAUCUUAUCCCAUUUCGAUGUCUCCUAGUAGGAGUAGAAAUAUACUUUGCUAACAUAUUAACAGAAAAGGCUAUAGGCCUUGUAGUAUUUAAUUUGCAAGGUACAUGAGUGCAUCAAUUGCACUAAGAUAUGGUACU